AUGAGUUGUUCUUUUGAGUUUUAUAAUUUAAUAACUGAAAAAAAUGGAAUAGAUAAAUGUACAUUGAUGGUACCAGCAUAAGAAACAAUAAGAAAUUGUUUAUAUAAAUCAUGUUAUGACUAUGCAACUGCUAUGAUUGAUGAUGAAUGUGAAUAUUAUUUAAAAGAAUGUUUAACUAGAGGCAAAGGAUGUAUUCCAAAUACAGAACCUUGUUCUUCAUAGAGAGGUACUAAAAUAUAAUGUGAAAAAUUCAAAUAAUUUAUAGGUUUAGAUUUAAAUAAUAACAAAAUUUAUAAAUAUUGUUCUGGAGAAAUAGAUAAUACUUAAGAUAGUAUAUGUAAACAAAGAUCUUGUACAGAUAAUACUAUUGCUCUUUCUAAUAAAGAAUGUUCUGAUUAUAUGAUUGGAUGUGUGAGUAAAGGUAUUGGAUGUAUUGAUUAAAAUUUACCAUGUAGAGCUUAUAUUGGAGAUUAAAACACUUGUUCUUAAUUUAUGGGAAGUAAUGGUACAAAAUAUUGUUGGAAUACUUCUUAAGCAUCUUUGAAAUCUAAUUGUAUAGAAAUGAAAUGUAGUGAUGUUUUAGGAUAAAGUAAUGAAGAUUGUUAUUCAGGAAUGAAACCUACGACAUAAAUUAAAAUUUUUUGUGUUUUUGAUGGAGCUAGUUGUAUUAAUUAUGGUCAAACAUGCCAAUAAUUUAAAGGAUAAGAUGAUAAGACUUGUUCUAAUUAUAUUGCUAUAGAUGGUCCAUGUAAAGUUGGUUUAUAUGGUUUUUGCUCUCAAAGAGAAUGUAAUGAAGCUCCAAACAAUUUGAAAACUGAUGAAGAUUGUUAAAAUUAUCAUAAAAGACGUUAUACUACAUGUUAUGGUUGUUCUCAUAUUAAAUCAUGUAACAAUCUAAUUUCAUAUGAUUCUUGCAAUCUAAGAAAUGAGUGUACUUGGGUCUAAUAAUGCACUAAAACAACAGACAAAUGUACUUUAACAUAAUGCUUUAAUACAAAAGUAGAUGGAUAAUAAUGUUUUUGGAAUGAAAAAACAAAUACUUGUCAUGAAUAAUAAUGUGAAGAUUGA